UAAAUAGAGAGUAUAAAGAAGGAAAAAAGAAGUUAAAAGAGUGUAGAAAUAUAACAUGAAGAAAAGGGAUAAGAAAAUUAGACAUAGUUUGGUAACCCCAAAUAUCCAAACAUAGUCUUCCAUGUCUGAGUGAGCUGCUUCCCCAAAUGUGGACAUCUUCUUCCUCCACCUCCUCCUCCCCCUCCCCCUCUCCCUUCCGCCACCCCAAAUCCAUGGAGGAAGUCUGGAAAGACAUUACCCUCGCUGCCUCCGAUCUCCACCUCAACCCCUCCCCCCGCGGCGUCAUCCUUCAGGACUUCUUCUCCAAAGAUCCGCCGCCCUCCUCCGUCCCCUCCCCCUCUCCUCCGCCGCCUCCCCCCACAAUGCUCACCCUCAGCUCCGCCGCCGCCGAUCACUUCGGCCCCCUUCUCUUCCAGCCCCAGCCCAUUCUCCACCCCACCGCCUUUGAUGCCGUCGUCCCCGACGAUAUCGCCGCCGCAGGCAAAAAGAGGUUCCCCGAUUUCGACCGGACCUCCGGCGACCGCCGCCAUAAGCGUAUGAUCAAGAACCGCGAGUCUGCUGCUCGCUCCAGAGCUAGAAAACAGGAAAGCCUCUCUCUCUCUCUCUCAUCACCCAACACAACUUACUUUCAGCUUCUUGUCAAAAAUUUAAUCUUGCACCCUUUCAGAUACAAAAAAUUUAAUCUUGCCAGAAAUCAUUUACAGGCUUAUACAAAUGAGCUUGAAUUGGAAGUAGCCCAUUUGCUUGAAGAGAAUGCCAGGCUCAGAAAACAGCAAGAAAAGUUUUAUAGAGAAGCAGCUGCCGAGCACCAGAAAAGGAAGCCUCUCCAUAGAACUUCCACUGCUCCAUUUUGAUUUUUUAGGUUCAAGAAAAAAUGCUGUAUUUUGAUGGGAACUCAUCAAAUCAGUAUUAGUAUUAAUUAUAAAUUGUAUUUAAUUAAUGUCUAGAUAUUAGAAUGGAUUUUAGUGGGAGGGCCCUUUUCCUCUUUUGUUGAUCACUCCUCUGGAAUCCAUCGCCAAGAUAUGAAUCUAUCUUCUUUUUUCACUGCUACUGCAACUGCUGCUGCUUUUUUUGCUAGGAGGGGAGAGAGAAAGUGAGGGAAUAUAAUUGUACUAGGUAGAGAUUGAGAAGGAGAGUGGUUUAUUGGCUGCUGCAGAAAAGUUUGGGUUCUUGCUAGGAAUGGCUUUUUCUACUUCUGCUGCUUCAUCAUAAUCACUUCUUUAUUUUUUUUGACCAAUUCUUUUUCUUAAUAUGAUUAUUACUGCUGCUGCAUUUAUGCUGA